CAAAAAGGGAUUGCUCGUGGUCCUAAAAUUGAAUGAAGGGUUGCCAACAACUUUUACGCCCAUCCUCUUCCAGGUAGCAAGGAGGUCUCGGUUCUAACACAUGAACAUGAGGGAUUGAAACGUGAGCACACUGAAACAUGUGCAAGAGUCUACUGAUGAGAAUCUGCAGUCUCCAGAGCUCCCAUCCUGGGCCCCAUUUCCUAACUUCACAUCAUCCUACAGCUCCUGCUCCCCCUAUCUGAACUGGAGGAAAACAAGAACUCAUUUUGUUUUGCUUGUCUCUUUUCCACAAGCAAGGUAGAUUGUAAAGUUCGCAGAGCCCCACUUCAUGGAGCAGUGUGAAACAUGCUGGAGGCCUACUGUCCUGCAGUGCUGAGGCUGCAGCAUAGCCUACUCUGUAGGCCUCUCAGUGCACCAGGCUGCAGAUUUGUUGCUGUUUCUCUUGCAAGGACAGAAGAGUGCAGUGAUCUCACUGUUCUUACAGAUGGAGGAAACGUAUUUCUGCACCUUAGUGCUGACACUGGACUUCUCAUCAUGUAUUCAGACACUAAGACCUCAUGGACUAAUCUGCUUCCUUGAAAGUCUGUUUUCCUAAAUGCAACAAAAGCAUUUCUUUGCAAUGCUAAUGCUUUUCCAGGCAGCAGUUGGGCAAACUCUUGGAGAAGAGCAUUCUCUCUGACUGUGUUCUGUUUCCCUCUGUGUUUCUGUGUUGCGCUAUGUUUUUUUUUCCCACAUACACUCACUUGCCUCUGUUCUAGCAACUACCAAUGAACAAAGGAUCAAUUAAUUUCCUCCCUCCCGCAAGGUGACGGCUGCGCUCAGCAGACUCCAGGGUGGAGGCAGCCAGUCCCACAGGGCAGCAGGACAUUGUUCUGCUUGUAAACAGGGCAGCUUGUGAACAUGUCACAUUGCAUUGCCUGAGGUGGCCUCCAGCAGAUAAACACUCUGUGGUUCUGUGUUCAUAAAUACAAGGUAAUGCGUCUGAAGAAAAUUACUCGAACACAUCCUACAGACUAGUGAACUGAAAUCCGGCAGCAGCACUGAUGGACGUAUCACAAGUGUUGGAGACAGGCCCCACGCACCUGGGCAGCAGGAGCAGCAGCAUGAUGCCAUGCAGGGCCAGGAAAGUCCAAAGAGAAGGUGGAGAGUUGCUUUCCCAUAAAACAAAAACACCAAUGCACUUGCAUCUUGGGCACUGUGUAUGGGUCUGGCUACAAGAAGACUUGUACAAGUAGGGGAACUGGGAGGGUGCAGAGAAUGGCUGCUCUGUGAGAAGCUGAAACGCCUGGGAGAGGACAAAGGUGGCAGCGGAUGCAGAACAUUUCCACUCAAAGCUGCGGCGCAGGAAAAGGAGGACCUGUGGAAACCAACUGCCACUCGCUUUCUAAUAGGUCCAAGAAAGUACUUUAGUAUGGCAAGCGGUGAACUUCAGGGCCGGGGGGAGUUUCGGCGGAAGGGAGCGGGCAAAAUCCCGGACCACGCGCACCGAAGAGCAGCCCUGACGAGGAGGCCGCCCCUGCAGGCGGCCCUCGCAAAGCAACGCAGAGGAGCGGGGCGACCCCAGGCGGAAGAGCGGAGACCGGGCACCGCAGCACCGGGCACCGCCCCGCGGCUCGGCCCUGCUCCGCCCCCAAAGCCCGGGGCCGCGCGGGGCCAUGGCGGAGAGGAGCUGCCCUCGUGCCGCGCGGGCGGCGCCGUGCCUGGAGCGGGGCCGCCGCGGGGUCGCGCCGACGCGCCGGGGCUGCUGGAGUGCCGCCGCUGCCGCUACCUGCGUACGGGCCGGGCGUGCUGCCAGCUGGUGGGAGCGCUGCUCGCCGCGCUCAUCCUCGUCUGCAGCUCCGUGUCCUACGGCUCGGCGGGCGGCUACACGGGCGUCCCCAGCCUGGGCGGCAUCUACUACUACAUGUACGGCGGGGCGUACAGCGGUUUCAGCGGAGCAGACGGGGAAAAAGCCCAGCAGCUGGACCGGCGUUUCACCGAGCUCAAGAUGCCCAUAGCCAGGGCAGCGAUGGCCGUGGGAGGAGCCCUGAUGGUCUUCUCUUCGGCACUGAUUUUGGUUGGCGUUGCACGGCUACCAUGGCGUUUUCCAGCAUGGCUCCUACUGGAAUGCGUCCUGGACACAGCGGUUGCAGUGGGUUUGCUGACCGCUCUGUACUAUUUCUUCCAUCAUCUGCUGGGCGUUUAUGAUUCAUCGGUGUGUAAAGAGAGAGCACAGCUUUACCAAAGCAAAGGCUAUCAGGGCUUUAGCUGCAGCAUGCAUGGGGCAGAGAUUGCUGCUGGCCUCCUGGGCUGUGCAGCUGUCGUGGCAUACCUGCUUGGUGCUGGCCUGGCUGUCAGAGGGUACAGAACAGUUCACAAACUGAAACAGAAGCCAGAACACACGUAUGAGCUGUAGAAUUUUUCCUCCGUGCUAGUACUUGUCCUGAUUUUUGCCAGCCUUGUGGCAUGCUUUUACUUGCAUGUGGACAGCGUGUUCUUAAUACUGUAAGAAAGCAUUCACCAAGAGUAGAGCUCCAAAUAUAGCGAAACCAAGCUGUUCAAACUUGAAUUUGCAUUGUGCACAUGAGACAGAGAAUGCAUCGCUAGCUGUUCUUAUAAACGCAGUAAUGCACAGGCUUUGUCUAAAUAGCAAACUUGGUUUCGAAUGCUUGCAGGCUCUGUGGCCUGGGACAGUAAUUUAGCUUUGGAGAAGUCCUUGUUCCUAGAUAUAGAUGAUUGAAAGAUUAUGUACCUGAGCUCUGGGUUUCCUUUUAGUCUCCUGGUACUUGGGGAACAUCAUACCCAGAAUCUCCCUAGCAGUAGGGUAGUUUGCAUCAGCAGUUGCUCAGAGCACGUCAAGUAGCAUGGCUGGGAGCUGCUGCAGACACACACGUGCUGGUGAACAGCUUCCUAUAGCUGAAUCUUUUACAAAGGGCCUGUGACUGUCCCUUGAGAACAGAACUCUUAAAAGUGAGCAACGAAGCAGAUGGUUGUGGCUGCUGAUUCCUGCUUCAUAAAGGUCCCUUGGUGCUAAACAGGCAGCUUUAACAUGGCCUUCAUAUUGCCAUCAGAGACUCCUGAGAUAGACUUGUGGAGUGGUGAACACACUCAGCCUAAUUUGCAACGCAGUGCCUUCUUUUUGAUCUCUCCUAAUGAGAGCAUCUUUCUGUAUGGACCAGUCUUCUACAUAACUUGUAUACCACCAUUCUGCUUAAGAAGACUCCCAGAGUUUGACUCAUCAGACAUAAGUUUUAAGAGCUCACAGAGGUGAUUAAAGACAAAGGUGUGUCGUUCUAACAUUUUUAGCAUACAAGGUAGGGAAAUGAGACUGAUUUUGUACUGUUUAUAAACAAAUAAAGGUGAAUUUUCUCUUCAGAAA